CGGAUGACCUCAUUCUCAGAACGUCAUUUUACCCACAAUUCCACUCAAACUUUUUUCAGACAGAACAACAUGGCGUCGAGGGCACCGGCAACUACAGGCAGACUCCUGGUCAGCUUUCGCAAAUGGUACUACAAUGCUGCUGGAUUCAACAAAAUUGGUCUGAUGCGUGAUGACACAAUCCAUGAGGAUAGCGACGUGAAAGAGGCCCUGCGGCGUCUCCCAGAGAAAGUGUACAACGACAGGAUGUUCAGGCUCAAGAGAGCCCUGGACCUCUCCAUGAAGCAGGCAGUUCUCCCCAAGGAACAGCGGACUCAAUAUGAGGAGGACGUACAUUACCUGGAGCCUUACCUGAAAGAGGUCAUCCGUGAGAGGAAAGAGGUUGAGGAGUGGUCGAAGAAAUGAGAUUGCUGUGGAGGGCUGAUGUUCCUUCUGUUUAGUCUGGUGAAUGGUUGUCCUCUGUAAUAUUUCAAAUAAAGUGUACUCUGUGGGAAGACUGCUUAAUAAAAAUUGUAAUUUUUGGGAAAAGAUG